AUGGGUCAAGGAGCAAAUAUGAGGUGGAAGCCUCUGGUUUGUGGAGAGCGCCCUUUGGUAGACACAGCCGGAUCGCGAAUCGUAGGUGGUCAGGAUGCGCUUCUAGGAGCAUGGCCGUGGCAAGUCAGCAUGCAGUACUCCAGACGAUUAAUUGUAUAUAAGCAUUUAUGUGGCGGCUCUCUAAUUCACAACGUCUGGGUGCUGUCAGCCGCACACUGCUUUGUACAAAAAAGCAAUCCUAAUAAUUGGAGAGCUGUGUUUGGAUUUAUCGAUCUGCUCAACCCCAGCAGUACAUCUGUAAUCUCCCUUAUUGAAUAUAUUGUUAUUCAUGCAAACUAUAAUGGAUCCACGCAUGAGCAUGACAUUGCCUUACUGAAACUGAUGAGUUACAUAAACUACAAUGAUUAUAUCCGACCAAUCUGUUUAGCAACGCGAACCUUAUCAGUUGACCCCUUAUCACUGUGCUUUAUAACUGGAUGGGGCACAAUUAUGGAAGGAGGUCCAGCAGCUGACAUUUUGCAAGAAGCACAAACAGAGCUAAUUGCUUCAUCCGUUUGUAAUGGAACAAGAUCAUAUAAUGGCAUUAUUACUAAUAAUAUGAUAUGUGCUGGAUUCGAAGGUGGAGGCAUAGAUACUUGUCAGGGAGAUAGUGGGGGACCCUUUGUGUGUUACGUUCCAGAAAGAGAGAGAUUUUACCAGUUAGGAGUAACCAGCUUUGGAUACGGCUGCGCUCAAGCUCGUUUCCCUGGAGUCUACGCCAGAGUGGAAAGCUAUCAAGACUGGAUAACGGGGCGAACAUCUACAAAGGUCGUGCACAGCGGUGCCGACACAGCCAGCAUCAGACAGUAUAACCUUAUAACUUUUGCCAUUGUGAUACUGAACGCCAAUUACCUCUACUUUAUCUCCUACAAGAUGCAGAUCUCCUACAGUCCGUGCGCACGUGGCAGCUACAGAAAAGAAAAUGAAGAACCAUUAAAGACGCUGUAA